AUGUUUUGGUCAUCAAUUUCAUUGUCACCAACAGCAAUAGCAUCGCCCCCUUUCCCUCUCACUGAAUUAUUCUUCCCUCCGCUUUCUCCUACUCCUACUCUCACUGCUGCUACCUUCAAAUUACGCUCUUCAUCCACUUGUCGUUUUACCAAAACAGACUUAACAAGUCAACAUGAAGAACCACCACCAAAUCCUUAUCCAAAACAAGACGAAACGCCACAAGCAGCUGCAGCUGCAGCUGCAGCAGCAGAAGAAGAAACCUUUCAAGUGCUGACAGCCAUCCAUACGCAAUACAAUGACAUUCUCAUUGUCGACACUCCUCAAUCUAGGAUGCUACUACUCGAUUCCACUCAUAAUGUCCAUAGCGUUCUACAAAAGGGUGAUGAGAAAUGGACCGGAUCAUAUUGGGACGAAUUCGUUAGUUUGCCACCAAUUGUAACAGAAGGUCCCAUUGCAAUCUACGGAUUGGGCGGCGGAACUGCUGCACAUUUGAUGCUUGACGUGUGGCCUUCAUUGCAGCUUGAAGGCUGGGAGAUUGAUGAAAUAUUAAUUGAUAAAGCAAGAGAAUAUUUUGGGCUAUCCAAUCUUGAGAAGUGUAAUGACGUUGGUGGUCAGCUUCAAGUUCACAUUGAUGAUGCUUUUUCACAUGAACAACAUCGUCCUUCAGGCUAUGCUGGCAUCAUUAUUGACUUGUUCUCUGAUGGAAAGGUUCUUUCACAGUUGCAAGAGGUUGAAAUAUGGUUGGAAUUAAGUAAUAGAUUGAUGCCUGGUGGUCGCCUUAUGGUGAAUUGUGGUGGUGUAAGUGAAUCAUCUUUGGAUGGAAAAGUACAGCUUCCAUCCAUUGAUGACAUUUGGAUGCAAAAUUCUACCAUCAAGGCAUUAGCUGAAGCAUUUCCUGGACAAGUCAACUGGAAGAGAAUGCCUGAAAGCCAAGGACUAAACUAUCUUGCCCUAACAGGACCUUUGCCAGAUUUGACCUCAUGGUCAGCUAUGGUCCCAAGUUGCCUAAGUGAAGCUGUGAAACAAUGGAAGCCUUGUAGGCCCUUUCAUUGAUAACAUAUUAGGAGGAAGAUGUGUAUUGUGUGGCAAGCAAGGGAUUUCGCUCAUACAUGUGAAACACAGGUUUGGAAUUCUCAACAUGUGCCACACCACUAGGUUAUGCUUUUAGUCAUGUAAGAAUAGGUCAUUUCUUUUCAUUCUUACAUUAUACUAUUCUUUCAUGACAAAUGAUUACUCUAAAGAAAAUGUUAUCUAACACUAAUUUAGAGCUAAUUUGUUUCUUGUUCUUAAGUAAAAGCUUCUUGUUAGUGUCA